AUGGACACCCACAACACCCACACCGAGUGUCUUCUUUGCGGGGUGGUUCAGGUACUUUCGGCUUGGCAAGACUCACACUCUACCUACAAAGCAUAUAUGGAAGCCCAGCUCGAACAGAAGUCGGCAGAAUGCCAACAUCUCCAUGAGAGGGCGAAUCAGUACCAGGUGUCUCUAACACGCGCUAGACAGAGACAAGGCGACCUCGAGGCACACGUUUCCCAAUUGAAUGCUCAGGAGCAAUCUCUCCUCAAGACAAUUUUUGAAGAGCAAACGAAAGCUGGAGAGUUGGAAAAUCGAUAUGCGACUUUAUAUAGCGUUAAUGAAACUUUACUGCAACUUCUCGCAGACGAUCAGUCUGAAUCAGACGGCCAAACUUUCGAUACUCAAGGGUUAUUGUUGGCGAAUCAGGAACAGCAGAGUGAAAUUGAUGAGUUGAGAUUUAAAGUCGCGUCGCAAACCAGAAUUAUGAAGGAGGUGUCACUUAUCCUACAGCAAGUCACCAAUCCCGCGGUCCAGAAUGAAACUAUGGUCGAGAACCAAACACCAGUUCAUGCCGACGAAUGUUCCUGUGGAUCCUGCUGA